GCUAAGAAUUGAAGUGAAGAAAAUAGUAUGGGUAGGGGAAAAGUAGAGCUAAAGAGAAUAGAAAACCCAACCAAUAGGCAAGUCACCUUCUCCAAAAGAAGAGAUGGUUUGGUCAAGAAAGCCAUUGAACUCUCUAUCCUUUGUGAUGCUGAGGUUGCUCUUAUUAUCUUCUCCCCCUCUGGCAAAGCUUAUCACUUCUCUAGCCAUGACAUGGAUAGGACAAUCAGGAGGUACAGAAAUGAAAAGGGUGAUCUACAUAAUAUGAACAGCCAUGGAGUCAGAACCACUGAGGUGUGGAAGAACGAAAUGGAUGAGAUGAAGAAAACAAUCGACACGCUAGAAAUGAAACACAAGCACUUGGCUGGAGAGGAUCUAUCAACAUUAGGUAUAAAAGAACUGAAACAACUCGAGCGCCAACUGAGGAUCGGAGUUGAUCGUGUACGUUCUAAGAAGUGGCGUCUUUUAUCGGAGCACAUAAGUAUGUUGAAGAGAAAUCAUAGAACUUUGCAAGAAGAAAACUGCAAUCUUCAGAAAAAAAUCAAGCUAUGUGAGCUGCAGAGCGAGGCUGAUGAAAACUCAGAGUUAGAUUCAUCAUCCGAUCAUGUUAUUCAAAGGUUUAUUCCAGAAGGGCAGCCUCUCUUUCACCUCCCAACAUGACCCAACUU